AUGUUUUCUGAAAUAAUUGCUCUUCCUAUUGGACAUUUGUGUCAUUGGGAGGGAGUCCCUUUUAUAACCCACGAUACAGCAACAUAUAUAUUCGCUCACAAUGAUAUAUCACGAAAUCCUGAGAUUUGUGCAAAACUUGAUGAUCUGGUCAAAACACAUAAAUAUGAUGCCCGCCUUUUGUUUUUACUUGCUAAAACUUAUUUAAUGGUUCAAAACCGUCCGGCAGCUUCAAGCUGUUUAAGGCAUUGCCUUUUGGCUAAUCCUUACUGUAGUGAAGCUCUUCAUCUAGCCAUUGAUUCACGCCUUUUGAAAGCUUGCGAACUUCAAGAAAUUGUAGGCUCUUCUUCUGCAGCGGUUAAUUCGUCUGGGAGUAAAAUUAUUUGUCAUUUGCUUGAAAUUUAUGAUAUUAACAGAGAAACGAGUUCAUUCUCUGCAAAUUCUUUACGUCUUGGUUCAUUACUCUCCGAUGAUCUCUCUUUCCAAUCAGCAAAUUCUUUUCGCCUUUACAGUCAGGGAAAUGUUCGGGAGGCUUACAACAUAACUUCUACAAUUAUGCACGAAUUUGGUUAUUAUAGCAAAUGUUUCCUCGUCCAUAUUGGCUGUUUGGUUCAUUUAAGCAAAACUAGUGAACUUUACCAACUUGGUCAUUCAAUGGUUAAAUUACAACCUGAACGAGAAAUUACUUGGUACACUGUUGGUUGUUAUUAUUAUGCAACAGGACAAUACACAACUGCGAAGAAAUUUUUGAACAAAUGCACAACAAUGAAUUCAGGUUUUGGAGAGGGAUGGAUAGCCUACGGACACACUUUGUUUUAUAUUGACGAGCAUGAACAGGCUAUGAAUUGCUAUCUUCGUGCUUCACGAAUUCUUGAAGGACAUUUUGAACCACUUUUAUAUAUUGCUGUAGAAUAUUGUUUUGGAAACAAUUUUAAAUUGGCCAACGAUUUUUUACAUGAUGCAGAAAUGGUUGCUGGUUCAAAUGCUAUUGUUUUACAUGAACAGGGUACAGCAGCAUUUGUGGAACACAAUUUUAAAAAAGCUGAACAAAUUUUUAUGGAAGCAUUAAGACUAAUAACAAAUAAAAAUAAUGUUGAUUCUUUACAAGAUUUAUUGGAUUCUGAAAUCAGCGAUUUUUGGGAGCCUCUAUUUAACAAUCUUGGACAUACUUUACGAAAGCUGGGAAAAUAUUCUCAAGCUAUUUCUGUUCACAGAAAGUCACUUGUUCUCGGAACUUCCAAAGUCGAUGCUUGGGCUUGUAUUGGUAUCUGUUAUGCCUCAAUGGUUUCAAAAUUGAAUGAAACUGGCGGUGCUACUCCCUCAUAUAUUUUAAGCACCAGUUUUUCCAAAUAUAUUGACAACAGUAUUGAAGCAUUAAAUAAAGCAUUAGCAUUAAAACCUGGCGAUGAUUUAUUAAAGACAGCAUUAGAAAAAGUUAUGCAAUUUGCUGCAGAUCAAACACUUCAAGAGCCUUUCUUUUUGGACACUAGAGAUGAAAAUUUGGACACAAUGUUUGAAUCUAGUAUAUCAAAACAACAAAGUGGUUGUCAUAAACGUACAAGAAGAUUGCCUGCAAAAGGAUUAGACAAAUUAGAUCCAAAUACAACAUGUAGUAAUAGAAUGAUGGAAGAAGAUGAAGAUGAUUGUAAUGACAAUGCUAAAAUUAUUGGUUUACCUAAAGGUUGUUCGUCUCCAAUGGCCAUAACUUCACAACAACCGGGUCAACAACAACGUGUUAUAGUUACAACAGCAACAUCAGCUACAAGUAUUGCUACAUCCCCAAUAUUUUCAAUAACGAAUCCGACAUCCUAA